CUUCCCCUGGGUAAAUAUCAGGUUUGUAUAAAAAUGAAAAAAUAUAAAUAAAUAUCUUAUUAAAGAGCCUCUUUCUCCUUGUUCUAUGAACCAUAAGAAGAACUGUUUUUGAAGGUUUGAUUAGUUGGUUACUCUCUGAAAUUACUCUCAUGGCGAUAACAACAGUGAAAGUCAGCAAUGUUUCUUUAGGUGCAACAGAGCAAGAUAUAAAGGAGUUCUUUUCUUUUUCUGGUGACAUUGAUUAUGUUGAAUUGCUUGGUGACAAUGAGCGGUCUCAAAUUGCAUAUGUCACGUUCAAAGAUCAGCAAGGGGCUGAGACUGCAGUUCUUCUUUCGGGCGCGACUAUUGUUGAUCAGUCAGUGACCAUAGAACUAGCCCCAGAUUAUAAGCUGCCUGCUGCCGCCUCUGUGCCCACUACUGCUACAGAAAGUAGUACUGCAUCCGGUGCCGAAUCUGCUUUCCAAAAGGCUGAAGAUAUCGUAAGCAGCAUGCUUGCUAAGGGCUUCAUUCUAGGAAAAGAUGCUGUCAAUAAAGCAAAGGCCUUUGAUGAGAAACACCAAUUCACAUCUACUGCCACCUCUAAAGUUGCUUCUCUGGAUGAAAAAAUUGGUCUGACUGAAAAAAUUAGUGCUGGCACAACCCUUGUCAAUGACAAAGUGAGAGAAGUGGAUGAAAAGUUUCGAGUUUCUGAGACAACAAAGUCAGCCUUUGCAGCUGCUGAGCAGACAGUUAGCAAUGCUGGAUCUGCUAUCAUGAAGAACCGGUAUGUUUUAACAGGGGCUUCAUGGGUUACUGGUGCAUUCAACAGAGUUGCUAAGGCAGCUGGGGAAGUGGGGCAGAAGACAAAAGAGAAGGUUUUGGCUGAGGAGGAGCAGAAUCAAGUAGCAGAAGGAUACACCCAAAUCCACGGGACUGACUCUCCAAAUAUGAGCGAGCAAAUGUCCAAGAGCUCGCAUUAAUGCUGUUUGCUCCUUUGAUUAGCCCGAUGUUAUGUAGAUAACUUUGUAGGGAGUUUUUGGAUCUUAUCAUGUGAACAUUAUCUGUUAUCCUGUUGGUUCUAAAGUAGGUACAGGACGUUAUCAAAUUUGCUGGGCAUUUCUAUAUAUACAAGAUAAAAUCAGCAGUUCAUCUCUUGAAUGUUUCACUGUUUCUUAAAUUAUUGAAUUAAUAUUAGACAUUGUUGUGUAA